CGAAAACAUCACGCCAUCGCUAUCAUCAAGAUGCCCAUGCCCACCAAACCGUUACUUUAAACGGCAAGGAGCAGGGUCUCUGCUCUCCCUCCAUCUCAGCGGGCAGAAUCCAGCAUCUAGCCAAGCAUGGACACACCCAAGCCCAGGGCCGUGGCAUGAUCCCAGCCUUUGCCUACGAGGAACAUACGGGGUCCAAGAAGAGCCAACACCGGGGGACCCCUCCAGCCCGGCGUGUCCCGGUACAGAAGUGUUGGAUCAUGACAAGAUGACAGUCCACUUUGCCAGAGACACCACCGUAUGCGCCGGGUGCUGGGCACUCUGACCUGGGGAGAAUCGAUCCAUGGGCCAACUCCAAGAGCAUCGUCCAUGGAAGCCGGAAGCACGUAUGGAUGGAGAGCAACACCAAGCCAGAGCUUUAAAAAGACCCGCCGUGCUUCAUGCGCCGUGGCAGGCGGUUCCCCUCCCACCUUAUAGUCACCAGUGAAAACCCAUCUUUUGCUAUUCGCGAUCCUCACAAGCAUUAGUGCUUCUACUACUUAGCUUGACCAGCCACAGCUUUUCUCUUUCCUUACACGGCUACCAUAGGAUAGGAUCUUUGCCCGUAUACGGACACAGUUGAUGUUCCAUUCAACUUGCGCCAACGCACGCACAUCCUUGGAAACGCCCUGCCGCUCAUUGAUCCAUUCCGUUGACUUGCCGUCUGAGUCUGACUUACCGAACAAGUAUCCAAGACUUUUGGACUCCGCCUGCGCCUGCGGUUUAGUCGAUCACUCCCAGGUUGCAAUCAGUGACCCCGCCGCCGAGUUCCUUGCCGUGGCCUUUGCUUUUCGUUGCGCCCGACCUCACGGCUUCAAUCUUUUCCUUCCUCGACAUCUUUCCCUGUUGCUUCUCCUGUUGCCAAUCGACAGUAUCUGUGGACGAUCUCACUGCCUCAAGACGCCAAUAUACAACAGCGCGGUUCCCAAUGGACCCUUUGUGCCAUUGAGCACCAAAAAUCUCGACUUAUACGCCCUCUUGAACGGCAGACGAAAAUUUAGGGAAACGGUUCUCAACGACAUCGGCCAAACAUGCCUCUCAGAAGGUCAAGCAACUCGGCCGACGGCCAUUCUGUCACAUCUUCACCUUCUUUCUCCCUCUCAAGUACCAAGCGCCGAUUCCCCCUCUUAAGCAGGAGAAGGAACCGACACUCAGAUGUGUCGCAGUCCUCAAUUCCUCCCUUGCCAUCACCAUCACCGCCAGCAUCCCCUUCACCUUCUCAGAAAGUUGCUAAACCUGGGCUUCGGGUGCAUGUCCAGGUCAGAUUCGAGUCUCCUCAUGGUUCUGAGCAUGUUCGCGACUAUGAAGCCUCCCCCCAGCUGAAAGCUACCGAUCGCAUUUGCCAAGCUUUGCUUUCGCGCCUGCAGCAUUGCUCUUCUGAGCUUAUCACACGCCACGAUAGUAACGCUCUCGACCCGCUUCGCAAGCCACAUCGUGACGUUAAGCCAUUGCGUUAUCGUAUCACGUACCGUGUUGAGCGUGAUGGCCUUAUUCUCGUAGAAAAGUCAUUGCGUUCUUUCCAAGAGUAUGAGUUGACACAUGACGAUGCUCGCGAGGUUGUCGCCGCUACCGACCGGAUCAUUGGUCUCUUUUUAGUGCGGCACGACCCCGGAUUCCAAUGGUCCGAGUCCGUUGAGUCUGAAGCUACCAGUCCCGAGUCCGAGACCUUCCGGCCGUGCACCGGCCGGCCUCAAUCCAUGGCAUGCAUCCCCCGAUCUCAUUUUGUUAGCGACACGCAAAAAUUCGAGUUUGUAUCUGGGUAUUCGAUUGAGCUUUUCUUGCGCAGCCGUUGCGCUACCCGUUAUCCAGAGAACCGGAAUGCUUCUAUCAAGAUUGACAGUCGUCAGCCCUCACCUCUACCCCUCCUGCUCGGUGAAGAACUGACUACUCGUGUCUCAAAUCUAAUCAUCGAUCCAGUUGACGCCUGGAAGCGCAAGUUUGACAAGCGUCACAAGUCUUGCGCUGGCCUGGAGGGCAGCGGUGGCUGCACUCAUAUCGAGGAUGGAGCUGUUGAUAUCAUGGUCAAGGUCCGUAACCACAUUGGCCCUGACUAUACCUACUUCUCCCAUCGUAUCCAGACAAGCAAGGUUCUUUUCAAUGGCCACGAUGGUCGUGACUUUGACGACUUCGCCAACCAAGUCAAAGCGAAGCUAGAGAAAGCUCGUGAUAUGACAGACAAAUCUCUGCGGUCCUUGGAUGAUUUCACUCUCACCAUCCGAGAGCUCCGCGGCAAGAACUGGUCUGUUCACGAGCCUCUCAUCGUCCGACUCGACCCCACAGUUACAUACUGUCGCCAAACCAUGGAAGCCGUCAUGGAACGUCUCCAGACUGGCAUCAGUAACGUUCUUGAACAUCAUGAGGAUGCUCUUGCUACCAUGACCAUUCACAAGCGCGGGCACCUCAUCUUUGACGGUUUCCUUGACGGUGCUGGUGGCGAUGACAGUGUGCAUCACGAGAAAUUUGCGACACCUGAUCUGGAGCGAAAAGCCCUCGAAGCCCACUUAAAGGAACGCAUUCGUUCAGAUAUUACGAUGCUCUGCAGAGACACAUGUGCCAUCGACUGUCCUGAUACACUGCCAAACUUGCGUCUGAAGACAAGCGGAACAGCUGCAUCUUCCAUUGGAGCAACCCAAUUGAUGAGGCCUCCUUUGUCCACAGCUGGUUCAUCAUCUGCUGCGCCUACCACGCCUUCGCUUGCUGCCUCGCCUCUUCCUCGUCAGCCUUCUGAGACGUCCUUCCAUGGAUCCAUGGCCAGCACUCGUUCUGACAAGUCUCUUGCCAAGAAGAUUGCGAAGCAAAAUCUGAGGGAUUCCGUUGAAUGCCCUUCGACACCAGCAACCCCGUCACCCGACCUGCGCCGAGUACCUUCGGGUGUUGAAAUGGCCAAGAAGCAUGGAUAUAUGUCUGACUUCAUGGCAGACGACGAGAACCAGUCCGAACCCCCGUCUACUCCAAGUCUGGUGGAUACUGAUAGCCUCAGCCCUCGAGACAGUGUCGUUGCAACCCCCUCGCGGGCCAUGACCCAUGAUCAGUCCAACGAGGGACUUCGUAUCAUAGAUGAUGGACGAAGAAUCAUCUAUCAAGAGCAGUCUGAUAUGGAUGCCAUCGCAAGUGGAAUGAUGCAAUUCCACCGCCCGAUCACCGACGAUGACGAACCUAUUCAGCUUGUCAAAGAGAAGCCAGCUGAAAAUUCCGAUAAGAAAGCGGCUCGCCGAUCCCUGGACACCCGUAUGCCAGACCUUUCUGGAAACACAGACCAACUUUCUGAGGCAAAGAAACAUGAGCUAGCCAUAACUCAACAAGAGUCACAACCUCAUGCCACCACGACACCUGAGCUUCAGAAGGCAAAGGUGGCUGAAGAGCCCUCAACUGAGAGUGUCGCAGAACAAGUACCCCGGUCAGAGGUGUCUGUACCUGGACAGACAAAGGCUGAAGCCAUCGCUGAGAUGGGCACUGGCGAGACCCACCGGGCUUCCCAAGAGGAGCAGUGGGAGACGGCUGAGACCAGAGACACACCUCGCGAGAAUCCAACAGGAAUCGAGGUCAACUCAAAAUCUGAGACGAGCUUUGGAACUACACUUGAAGCCAGCAUUCGUGGGGAUGCCGAGAUAAAGGACACUUCUAUCCCUGUUGUUGCUGUGACCGCUACCGCUGAAGAACAGCCUUCUAAAGAGCAGCAAAUAGAGGCUCAACUGUCCAAUGACUCUGAAGUGCAAACGCCUAAGGCUGAGCCUGUCGUUGCUGAGAAACUUCACGUUCCACCCGCUGAUGCCGCGCAGAAGACACUUGAGGCGUCUGUACUUGGAGAAUUCCCUAAGCCAUCUUCCAUUCACUCCCACACUGACGAGGCUAGUCAUGACGAUCAGCAGGAAGAGCAUGGCCAGGAAAUCCCAAUUCAGACCUCGACUUCUGCCUUGAGGCAAGCGGAGGAGGAUCCAGAAGUGAGCACGUCUCUGGCGCCUAAGGGAGCACCUACUUCAAGCGAUUCUGGCAUUUCUAUGGAGGGUGAUGCCAAAGACCGCGAGGCUCAAUCGCCAGCUGUAACAAAGCUUGUUGAGAACACAUCUCUCCCUUCCAAGAAGACAGACGAUCAGUCUUCCGUUAAGGCUGACGUCGUGGACAAGGAAGAGCAGCAUACUCCGCACUCGGAUGUGACCGAUGAGCAUUUCCCCGAGAUGGUAACUCACUUUCUUCAGACUGUUCCUGAGGAUACUCUUCUUGAACCCACUGAAGUAGUAGCUGAAGAUGUCGAGAUUGUCACAUCCGACUCACCCAAGACGCCAGAGGAGCCCACACCUCUCGAGGAACGUCCUCUUAUGCCCACCAUUGCCUCUGCCCCUCCGGAGAGUCUACUGACCCUGAAGAAUUUCUUCUCUUCUUCGUCAGAAGAGAAUGAGAAGGGACAAGAGUCCCCUCGAAAGCCAUUCGAUACCUCGGAUUUCGCCGACGCCCUGGCUCGACCUCGAACCCGACCUCGAACUGCCACACUGCCCGAGCGCCGUUACUCGACAGCUUUGACUCUUGAGAUCAACAUCAAUGCCCACAGCGACCCUGAUCAAGAACACUCACCCAUCGAGGAUGCUCCCAAGAGCGCUAGUGGUGCGUGGCGGCCAGACGGCCUCCAUCGCCGACAGCCGUCAGCUGGCUUCAUCGGCUUGCCAGACCAGCGCCGGCUUCAUUCUGUUGGUCUUCGCAGUGCUGUGUUGCCAUACCGUUGGCAGCAGAUGCGUCGUGAGCAGGCGCUCUGGGAAGGCCGCCCAGGCACUUCUCAUAGCGAGGCCUGAACUUGGAGAUCACCUAGCUCCAUUUAAUGAUGAUGAUGACUUGCACUAUGUCUAUUGUUCAGUUUCAUUUAUACUUAAAAAAGAAAUAAGAACCAAAAAGAUACUAUUAGGUUAGGGCGGCAGACGCGAAGGAUGGGAAGAAAAGGAAAGGCAACUGGCCAAUAAGUCCAUAAAUGGUAUGGCUUGGCAAGGGCGUUGGUUAAAUUUGAUUUUCAUCUGCAUGCAAAGCAUUUAGACUUGGAGCAUGACAUAAUGCAGAGGAUACCAUUUCAGAGAGUUUAUAUAACACCUGCGUAUUCCGAGAGAACUGCUUCUUCUUCUACUGUGGCCAUUGUCGAUGUGUCCUGGGACCUGAAGAUGCUGCUUCGCCUUCUCACCAUGGGAUAAUCCUCUUAUCGUCCUUGAAUGUACCAGUCUCCCCAUCAGGCCCCAGAGUGGCGGCUUUCACAGAGCUUAUCGCACCCAGAUCAACAGGCUCGGUUCCCGCGAAUCCAUUCAAGGCGGUCCGGGAGUUGUGCCCCGGGCAUGCAAUAUUGAUCUUCCACUGCGAAUCAUUCUCAUACCUGGUGGCGUAGUGGAGCGCGAUCAUGUUGAGAGCCGACUUGCUAUGCGUAUAAACACCGAAAUCAAAGCUAUGCAUUGGAUUCGUAGGAUCGGCCUUCAGUGUCAGACUGCUCAAGGCAGUAGAGACAAAGACAAUGCGGCGGAUCUUGGUAGAGCGCUCGAGGAGGGGGAUAAAAGAGUCAGUGACGAGGGCGGUACCGAUGCAAUUGGUGUUAUAGACGGCCAUCAUAAGUUCUCGCGGAGACACGGCCAUGCCGUAGCCUGAGAUAGCGCUGUUGUUGACAAGGAUGUCAAGGCGCCCAAAUUUAUCCCCGAUAGCCUCGACUGCGGCGGAGAUGCUAUCAUCUGAUGUGAUGUCCAGUAUGAGAGGUGAGACAUUGAGCCCCUGAGCUUGAAGCAAGGAGCUUGCCUCUUGUACCGCUUGUAAACGGCGGCCAGAGACAAUGACGUGGUAGUCAUUAUUUUCGCUGGCAAGCUUCUUAGCGAUUUCGAAGCCGAUACCCUGAUUGGCACCAGUGACGAGGGCGAUAGUAGUAUUGCGGGUGAUGGUGGGGAGAGACAUGAUCGUGUCUUUUUCGGUUAUGUGAGUGGUGAUAGUCAUAUCCCGUUGAGUAUGGUGGUGAUCUGAGCAAAACAUUUCUUCGCAGCACUUCUUGCUCUUUUAUAUCCAGGAUAGAUUCUGGUGAGACACAGAAACAUGUAGCUGUCGUCAUGUUGGUGACUCUAAUCUCUAUCUCCGAUAUGGGUUGUCGUUGAAUCCUAAAUCCGUGAUUGGACCAGGAGCUCGAGGCCACUCUGAGAUUGAUUACCCUUUUGGGAAUGAGAUUGAGUCAGUGAGAUGACAGGUUUUGCCAGUUUUGAGGAUGCCAAGCAGAGGCUGAGAAUUUUAGGGUUCACUUAACAAAUGCUCCAGUCAGAUAGCAUUGGGGCAUGGUGCUUAUGCGUAAGAAAUGAAUGCGAAUGCCAACAACUCGAUGCUUGUUCGCUGCAAACCAGGAAGGUUAUGAGUGUACACAAAGCUGAACUGUCUUGGAUGUACAGAAUACGCAUGACAUAUCGUCGCUUGCCUGGUUCAAGCUUGGCCCCAGCAAGCACAUCAGACAAGUUCAGCAUCACCAACAUCAACCAUGUGCUUCGCACUUGACCAUCUUAAUAUGAGCACAUCGCCAUUCUUGGCAGGGAGAGUGAUAUCGUCGUCGGUCCCUUUGCCAUAAACGUCCUUGUCUCUUAGCAUGCGGACAAAGACAGCCGUAUCUAGAUCCGGCGAAUCGAUCAUGCUGAUGUUGCCUGCAGUGUCAUUGAGGUUCUGCAGUUGCUGCGGAAAUGAUGCCAGGAAGGAUGAGAGAUAGUGAUUGUGCAGAAGAGCCUGAUGCCUUGUCGCAUAGGCUGCUUCUGUUGGAGACAUCCUGCCUCUCAGCUCUUGGGUUGAGAGGUAGUGUAAGGUGUGUUUAUCGAUCUAAGGACAGUCAAUUUUCUGUAGUUUAAUGAGUUUAAUGACACUUACCUUUGCCA